AUGACUCACUCCUCAGACUGCUGCGUCGCUUCUGCCAGCGCUAUGGAUUCUCUCGACAGCGGCAGACAAAGAACAAGCUCAAGCAGGCGGUCUUGA